AUGGAGCUUACCACUCGUCUGUUCAAUAUAUUCAGGAGGCAGUGUUUCAAAGAUGAGUUACCAGAAUUCCUUCCCGUGAGAUGGAACAAUCGCCUAUGUAAAACUGCCGGAAUGUGCCGAAAUAUGUCUGAUCGCACAAGCUGUGUAGAGUUAUCACCAAAAGUAUGCAGCACUCCUGAUCGGGUCCGUGAUACUCUCAUUCAUGAACUGUGUCAUGCUGCAGUAUGGGUGGUAGAUGGGCGUCGCAAAGAGGGACAUGGUCCUUUAUGGAAAAAAUGGGCUGCUCAAUGCAUGCGACGAUUUCCUUUUACCAGUGUUUUAACGAUGUCACGUUUAUGA